AUGAGCUCCCUGCGAAAGGAGGCAACAUUCAUCAACUGCAGUCAUGAGCGGGACUGCUCAUCUUCAUCAUGGUCGCUGGAGAAGCAUGCAACCUUCAUCUUUGUGGAACAUAAUUUAUUGUGUGUGGCAACAGGACAUCAGCAAACUAUGGAGGCACAAUACUCAGUGCCAAACAAAAGGUACAGCCCACAGAAAACAAGAGAAAACUUCCAACAGAACCUAUCCACAGAUGGGUAUGAUCCUAGUUUCACACGAUCACGGAGUCCUCACGCAAGGGGAGGUCACUCCAUUCCCAAGUCAGACGUCACUGACGACAGACAACGGGUCAUGCCUUAUCCCCGGGAAACGCUGACCGAGCUGAAACAGAGAGUGACGUCAUCACCUAACCCCAGUGAUCGCCCAGGACAAAAUUCACACCAGAAGGUCCAACACUGGAUCGAAAACAGCGAACCGACGGUACCGGUUGUCGUGGUUGACGCAGCGUCAUCUGACGGCAACGACGUCAGCAACGACAUGCGAUCCCACUUCACGUCAUCGGAUGGACUACACUCAACUAAUGCGGACCAUGAAAGGCAAUCAGAAUGUGGCACUAUUAAAGACAGCACAUUUUCAGAUGGAGAAUCAAAUCCACCAGGAGCUAUGGACCAGCUGUUAUGGGACCAGUUCCAGAUGAUACCGAGGGACAACGUGAGCACUGACUCAUCGUUCUGGUCACUCUUACAAGGGAUCAAAGUCAUAGCCUAUGGUCUACUCUUCUGCAUGGUGCUGGGCUGCGCUGUCGUCAACAAACUGUCUUUGCUGACCAUGACGUCAGGGAUAGUGAAGAGCCUGAAGCACGGAGGACCCACCCCCACCAACACCAUGCUACUGAUCGGUCUGUGCUUCCCGUAUGUGAGCUGGCUAUUUGCUUACUCAGCACGGUCAGUGUUUGGAAACGUCGGCUGGCCAACCUUCAAAAUGACAAUCUCGGUGUUGGUUCUGGAAUCGUUACACAGCCUUGGGAUGUGUCUUCUACUUUUCAAAAUAUUACCUGAAGUUGACAUGAUUCGUGCCCUGGUCCUGAUUUCGUCCAUCUUGGUGGUUCCCUCAAUGUGCAGGGCUAUUUCCUCCACUGUUGAACAAACGACGUCAAGGACAAAACGUUGCUUCAUCUCCUUGGCAAACCUUCUGGCCUUCUUCAUCCAGCUUGGCAGUGUGGUGAUGUGUACAGUGUCCGGCUUCACUUACAGCAGCUCGGAGAAACAGUCCAUCACGGACCUAGUACAGGACAACGACCUGGACACAGUGGAGAGGGAAAGUAUUAUCGUGUGGGACAGAAUCUCCUGGGAAAUCCCCGUCGCCCUUGUUCUUAUUUCAAUCAUGACAUGGGAGAACUACAUCGAUGAAGACAUCUCUUUCUUCGGACGCAGACUCCCCAUCACCAUCUGGAAGAAGAACCUCCUGCUGCUCCGUCAGAGACUGUACAUAUUCGUCAGCAUCUGGAAGGUUGGGAUGUCAAUACUCCUCGCCUUGGUCCUCAGGGACGACUUCAACUUCACCCUCCUCUUUCCCCAAGAAACUACAUCUUACACAAAUGCCACAACCUACCCGCAGUCCAAUGACCUUCACUUCCAGGAAUACGGACCCUUCUAUGCCCACCUGGUCACGUCGGUGUUGUGUUCCUAUCUGGGGGGACUGGCGUGCAAGAUGUGUAUGCAGAGGUUCAGCUUCUCCCUGCCGUUGACCCUGGUCAUUCCCACGUGUGCAGCUGUGGUCAUGCUGCAAUGCCAGGAAAACUUUAUUCCGUUCCCCGGGGACACCUUCACGUGGGUGUGUCCAAGUCAGAAUGACCCCUGGUUGAAAUACCACCUCAUUCUCCUCGGACUAGUCUGGCUGUCACAGGUCAUCGUCACUGCGCAUGUGUGGUUCCCUGAUUCAAGCAGAAUGGCAAAGAUAGAAAGGCUGUUCGUCACCCCAGUCAGGUGCAGCGCUCUCACAGAUCAGUUCCUGCUGCUACGUCGACGUCGUGACGACCGUGACCGUAUGUUGCUUAGCAACUGGGACGCCGAUUCUCUUCUGGAUGAAGAUCCUUUCAAGUCCGACUCAGCAGUACCACUCAUCUACGCAUGCGCGACCAUGUGGCACGAGACUGUUGAAGAAAUGACAUUAUUGUUAAAGUCCAUCUUCAGGUACAGAAUCGACAUAGAUCACAGUGCACGGUUCCUGGCCCAAAAAUACUACGGAAUCAAAGAUCCUGACUACUAUGAAUUUGAAGCACACAUAUUUUUCGAUGAUGCUAUGGAGUUGACAGACGACGACAGAAUGGUACCUAACAGCUUCGUCGUUGAUCUCAUGAGCUGCGUCGACGAUGCCAUAAGCUCUGUACACGAGCGACAGAUAACCCUUGGUCCGCCGAUCCGUACCCCCACUCCGUACGGUGGUCGUCUGACGUGGAACCUGCCUGGGGGCACACAACUCACCGUACACAUGAAGGACAAGGCUAAGAUACGUCACAAGAAGCGGUGGUCACAGGUGAUGUACAUGUAUUAUCUGCUUGGGUUCCGAAUCCUCGCCCAAAAUGACAACAGCAGUCCAGAAGAUAUCCUUGGUGAUAAAAAGACGGACCAGUCCGGGGAAAAUGCCAGACUGACAGCAACCCAACUGCGCAGGCGUAGAAGAUGUGCGCACUUCACUAGAAGUGUGAUCUUUAACAACGUUAGCGAAGAUGUACAGACGAAGGCAGAGAAUACAUUUAUCCUGGCUCUGGACGGAGAUGUGGACUUCCGGCCGGACGCUGUCCGACUGUUGGUGGACAGGAUGACCAAGAACAAGAAGGUCGGGGCGGCGUGUGGUCGAAUCCAUCCAACUGGGUCCGGUCCUAUGAUCUGGUACCAGAUGUUUGAGUACGCUAUCGGUCACUGGCUGCAGAAGUCCACGGAGCACGUGUUUGGGUGUGUCCUAUGUGCCCCUGGAUGCUUCACGCUGUUCCGGGGGUCGUCCCUCAUGGAUGACAACAUGGCAAGAACAUACGCCAAGAGGGCCACCCAGGCGGGUCACUACGUACAGUACGAUCAGGGCGAGGAUCGCUGGCUGAGCACCCUUCUCAUUCAGCAAGGUCACAGAAUCGACUACUGCGCAGCCGCGGAUGCUUUCACGCAUGCGCCUGAAACCUUUUCCGAAUUCUUCAACCAACGACGUCGAUGGGGUCCUUCAACUUUAGCCAACAUCAUCGAUCUGUUGUCCACGUGGAAGAGUGCUGUCAAGAUCAACGACAAUCUGAGUUCACCGUACGUGUUCUACCAGGUCGCUCUGCUGGUAUCAACAAUCCUUGGCCCCGCUACAGUGCUGCUGAUGAUGGCGGGUGCGUACUCGGUGGUGUUCAAGACGUCCAUCCUGCAGUCCCACGUCAUAUCCCUUGUCCCCGCCGUGCUCUACAUCCUGGUCUGCCUGUACACCAAGUCUCAAACACAGCUUCUGGUGGGAGCGUUCCUCAGUGCUGUCUAUUCCGUAGUCAUGACAAUCGUUGUCGUAGGCACUGUAAGAACUGCUAUAGAUGGAACCAUCACCAGCCCUAACGUCGUCUUCCUGAUAAUGCUGUCGUUUAUAUUUCUCAUAUCAGCUGUUCUCCAUCCUGAAGAGUUUGGGUGCGUGGUGCCAGGGCUCCUGUAUUUCAUCUGCAUCCCCGCUAGUUACCUGGUCCUCAACAUCUAUUUCUUGUGUAAUCUCAACGUGGUGUCCUGGGGAACACGAGAAGCACCACAGAAGAAGUCAAAAGAAGAUGUUGAAAGGGAGAAAAUUGAACAAGAAGAGAAAAAGAAUAAAAGGAAAAAGAGUGGCAUCCUUGGAUGGCUAGGUUUGAAGAACAUUAUUGGAGAGCUUGGCGAACUGUUCCGACAGAUGAGAUCAGUCAUACAUGAAUCUUUCAAAAUGAAUGAUGACUCACAAAAGAAGAAGACAGAUCAGCUGCUGGAGGAAUUGAUCCUUGAGAUAAGGAAGGAUAGAAUGGGUUCGGGAAGUUCCCAGCAGAGCAUAACACCAUCUUCUUCAUCGACGGGUAGUGUUCCUGAUUCUGAAGGCUCAGAAGAACACGUGGCAUCGAUGGCAAUCAUUCCGGCUUCUAACGAAGUUGUUCCUGAAUCUGUACACGGAAUCCCGUUGUGGUUGAAGAAAGAAGAUCCUGACAAUCCCGGCUGGCUUUCUAGUUCAGACAUUGGCAGUGGUCCACUGGUUUAUCUUGAUGAAACAGAAAACAUAUUCUGGAAGCAGCUAAUCAGGAAAUAUCUCCGACCAAUCGUCGAUGAUAAAGAACACAAAGACAAAAUGUCAGCUGAUCUCAAAUCCUUGAGGGAUAACGUUGUGUUUGCGUUCUUCAUGGUCACAGCAUUAUGGGUCGCCUUCUUUCUUCAACUGGAAAUUCUUCAAGAUGAGCUUAAAGACUAUCUGUUUAUCAAAAUACCUAGGUUAAAUUCAAGUGGGGAGCCACUAACCUUUCAGCCAUUUGGACUUGCCUUUUUUGCCUUUUUCGCAAUCUUGAUCAUGUUCCAGUUUGUCGGUAUGCUUCUCCAUCGAUGGGGAACGGCGCUGCAUCUGUUGUCGAUUACCAAUAUUACAUUUGGACAAACCUUUACAGAACAAGACAAAGUAAAGGAUAUAAUAAUGAAAGUAGCAGAGCUCCAGAAGAUGCGGGAUAUAGAACACGAACCGGAUCCCGACUACGAUGAGCCUAUGCCGGACUACGAGGGAGAGAAUGACAUGGACAGGUCCUAUACCGAGUCAGUUCCCGACCGACCCCCUCCGUCCUACCACACCCAGGAUAUAACAGUGCCCAUCUCCCAGCGGACCAAUGGAACGAUGAGACAGAUUUUCAACCAGCAGGGUCAGCCCACGGGCCGGACACUACAGAGCGUGUUUGAGAAGCGAUACCGCAAUGAGGUGGUCAGGGGGAGAGGUCUGACCUCCCCGUACGGUCCUCACUCUGUGCUGGAGGUUCCCGAGUAUCCAGAACCGGACUACACCAAUUACUGA